CGGGACGUCGGCGGAAGAAGCUCAUGGUUUCCCUCACAAUCGUUUUGAGAGCGGUCGGGCCGCUCUCUGCUGGCGCAAGUUUCCAUGGUGGCGAACUUUGUCAAGAUGAUUGACAAGAAGAUAGUCGCUUUGAUGCAUGCCGUGCCUACUUGUGUAGGCUUGCACAGCGAAUCACGCACUGUGCCUGGUCGUCUAUAAGAGAUCUGUGAUCGACCUUUGGUACUCGUCAAGAUCUCCUCACGCCGGCGAUGUCCACUUGUCACUUUGUAACCUCGAGCCGACACGCUCCACUAGGUAGCAGACGUGGCUAUCAUUUCGCGGGCUUCUUCGCCAUUACUUUUGCGCUGCUUCUGCUUCACAGCCCAAGCGGCAGUGGGCGGGUACAGGCUGCUCCCUUGCCACCUCCCGAUGUCCUGACGGUACCCUGGAACAAGCUCGACCAGACCGCGUACGGAAUCCUUCCACAUCGAUCCGACCUCGCCAACAGCGGCCACCAUGUGGGCUCCUCACCGGAGGCGGGUUAUACGACGGCAGUGGCAAAGGGUAGCAAAGUUCCUGAGGGCAAACUCCAUCCGAUCGUUCUUGAGAAUCCGAGAUUGGAAGACAUCCCGCCCGGCCACCACGUAGCCUAUCACGAUUCCAAGGGAAGCCUCAAGUUCGAGUGGCACCCAAGCAAGGGCUUCUUGCGUGCGCACGGUAAGGUCGUCGAUCCACAGACUUACAGGCCGCUGAAGCAUACCCUGCAUGAUGAACUCGACAAGCAUUACAUGGUGGUGGGCAACAUGAACGAAGCGCCCGCGAAACGAACUCGUUUCGUAUACGAUAAGCCCAGCGUAUCCUGGCUGCCUUUCAGUGGCAACUUCCCAAACGUGGUGAAGCAGUCAGCUUCCAAGGUGAAGCCGAAGGUGGAUCUGCCAACAGUGCGAACUUACCAGCAAGCUCACGAGGAGCUCCAAGGGCCUCCGGUCGACGGAAGGCAGGCUGCAAGCGGAGCGCUAUCGCCCACCUUCUCUGGCAAGCCUCCUCUUCCUCGAGCCUCCUCCUCGAACGACUUGCCACCUUUGGCUAGCGCCGCUUCCCCAUCCAGCAAGCCCAAGCUCCCGCACACCAAGUCCGACCCAUUCAGCGGCGCCGAGUUUGCCAAGCCACCGAAACCCGUUCUGAACCGUUCCCACUCUGAAGCCUCGCUGGACCACAUGGAUCGAUCCAAUGCGCCCGUCUUUCCCUACAGGUUCGACUUGAUGCCUACGAGUCCGAGACUACGAGACAGUCGGUUUGCGAGGCGCACAGCUGCAUCCAGACCCUCCAAUCUCAGCAAGACCACGCGUCAUUCGGAUCGGCCUGCGCUUUGAUGGAGCGAGAAUGGAGUGGAGGUGGUACGCUAGGGUGACCGAGGAUCGUGAGCAAGGAU